GUGUCAUAUGAGUUCUGUCAAACGUAGUGAAAGCGUCAAAAGUGACAAUUACUCAACAAAAAUAAACAACUUCACUUUUAAUCGGUUUAAAAAUAUAUGGCGUAACGAGCAAAUGGAUAACUCAGACACGUUGAACCUGUCGGGCAAAAAACUUAAAAAGCUAAGCAAACCCCAGCUCCACGACUCGCACAUUACUACUCUAAUACUAGAUGAAAAUGAAUUACAAAGACUGGAUAACAUAGACUCUUAUACAAAGGUCCAAAAACUUUCUGCUGUUAGAAAUCAAUUAUUACGGAUGCAUCAAGUUUGCAGAUUGCAAUCUUUACAUACCUUAAAUUUGGCUAAUAAUGGCAUUUUAACUAUCGAAGGUUUAAAAGAUUUGAUUCAUUUAAGAGUUUUAAAUCUAGCAAAAAAUAACAUUAAAACUAUUGAGCACCUAAAUACAAAUGUAAACCUUGAACACUUGGACUUAAGUGAAAAUAGCAUCACACACAUUGUGGAUCUGUCUUUUUUAAAAAACUUAAGGGAACUUUUGCUUCACAAUAACAAAAUCGGCCAUUUAAGGCAAUGCGAUCGUUUUUUACCAACUUCAUUAAUAACACUGACACUCGCCUCGAACAACAUCUCCGAUUUAAACGAAAUCUCACAGCUUGUUAACUUGAAAAAUUUAAAUAGCAUUUCCAUUGCGGGAAAUCCUUGCGUUACAAUGACUGGAAACAAAAUUGGUUUCGAUUAUCGGCCCUUUAUCAUCAAUUGGUGUAUGAAUGUUCAAAUUAUUGAUGGAUAUGUGGUUGAUGCUAUAGAAAGUCUUCGAGGUGAAUGGCUUUAUUCUCAAGGUAGAGGUAGGCAUUUUAGAGUUGGUGAUCAAGAUGAAUUAAGUCAGUAUUUAGCAAGUACUUGCCCUUUAACUGGUGAACAAUUGGAAACUGAAGAGGACCGGAAAUUAAGAUUAAUUUUGAGUAAAGCUCAACACCAUCAACAACAGCUUCGAGAGCAAUCUGAAGUUAACUCAAUCCCAUCACCGCUAACAAGAAAAAGACUUCACGGUGCAAAGUAUUCCCCAAAAACAGCUUCUCGGAUAGGAAAUAGAAAUAAAUCGCCAGAUAGGAUGUCAUCUAGUUGUUACUCAUCAUCGACAAUUACAGAAUCAUCAAAUUUAAUGACUCAAAGUCUUGAUCCUAAGUUAUUAAGCGAAACUGUUAAUGGUAAAUGUAAUGGGAUUACCAAAGAGAUGUCUUCAUCAGUUGUUUUAGAAAAAUGUCUCGAUAUUUCAGAAAAUGAAAUGAUUAGUAGUCCUUUACAAGCCUUAUCAAAACUUGUUCCCGUUCCCGAAUCUUUAAUGAGCCCUGAUUAUCGCCCGUCGCCAUUAAUCGGAAGACUGAGUACUCCUUCGUCGAUGCCAAUGCUCAUCACAAAUCGGCCUGUAACGCCGAAAUCCGUCCAGAGCACCGCAACGAUAACGAAAUCACCGAAAUCGGUUAGAAGUAAUAUUGCGAGAAAUCGAAAUUUAACACCUGAAAAUAAAAGGGUGAAUACACCAAGCCCAAAUCGACAAAGAAAAAUGACGCAAAAUAACGAAGUAACGAAGAAUGAUGUCAUAAAAUCGUCGUUGAAAAAAUCUGCAAGUAGUGAGGAUGAAUCGGAAAUUUAUGAUUCAAAGUUACAAUCGAUUCAAUUGAAAGCGGAGGAAAAGAAAUUGAAGGUUGAAAGCGGUGGAAAUGUUGUUUCUGGGGAUGAUAAAAUUGAAAGGGCUGCAGUUAUUAUUCAAAGAAUGUGGAGGGGGUAUUACAUUAGAAAUUGCGACAAGGAUAUUCAAGAUUUAUAUAAAAGUUUGCAAGCUAGAAGAGCUGAUGAAUACAUCCAGAAAUUAGCAAGCGAUAUGGAAUCUACUAAAGCGGCUUUAGAAAGCGAAAGAAAAAUUCAAAUGUUGCAGAUGCAAGCCAUUAACGCGUUAUGGAAAAAAGUUUCUACAAUCAAUCCCGAAAACGAAUCGGCAAAUAAUUCAGUUGUUCCUGGUACAAGCAAGAUAGAUAAUGUAGAGUUAGUUAAAGAUUUAGCUCAAACAUGUUCUGUUUUGCAAAAUCAGAUUCAACAAUUACAAGGAUCAAUGCAAGAUAUAGUCAAAUUUAUGACUAUGUUUAGUCAAAUGUCAAAUGUAAAUCAACAAUUAAAGGAAACUGUAGCUGGAACGCAAACGGAAAUCAUAGCAGUCCAUACACCUCAAGGUGAUGGUGGGAAAUUAUUUCCGUUUCAAAAACAAACAAGACCAUCAUCUUUGCCAUUACCUAUAGCAAUGAAAUCACGUAAAGAAGUUAACCAAGAGUUAAAACAAUUCGCUGGAACGUUAGUUGAUGGUGUAAUUAAAACUGUCAGCGAAACAAAUCCCGAUUGUCUCGUUGGGCAUGAAGCGGAUGCAGGUAAAGAUCUUAAAGAGGAAAUGGUAGGAGAUUGCGUAGAGGUUUUAGAAGAAAGUUAAAAAAAGAACAUUUUUACUUUUAACAAAAAAAAAAAAAAAAA